GCGAAAAGACCCAAUAGACAUCGACUCGUAGACGGCUGCAAUGUGCUCUUACUUUACGUGGCAUCGCACGAAUCGUCGCGUUACCCGAGCCCCGCAGGUUUGAGCACCGAACUCCAGUGUUGGUACGACCCACAAAGAAUCAAGUCGCGCAUCAAAUGGCGCGGUGCGAAGGUCCGGUAUGAUGCGCUCGGGCAGCUGGCGGCAUCAGCGGACGACAUCAGACCAAGCCCCCCCCUCCACACCUUGCGAGCUCACCACACAGCGAGCUCAAGUGAGAGGAAUCGAUCAGAUGUACUACUAGCCUUACAAGCCAGGCACAAUGCAGCUUGGCUUGAGAAGGCGGAUGUGGUACCGGGCGUGGUGGCUCACGUGGUGCCUCCUGGCGCUUGUGGCCCUUGCCGGUCUCGUCUGUGGUGAAGGCGCUGGCGGAGAUGGCCCCGCUCCGGCAAAGCGUCGCUCCGACGACUCUGGCGAGAGCGCCGACGACAAAAAGAUCAAGCUGCAGGAACCCGUUUCUGAAGUCCGCCUUCCAGCGCUACCAAGGACGAGCACCGAUGAUGACGAGGAGAAGGAACAACCGUCGAGACAACAAGCUGCGGAAGCGCCCGAAUCGGGAAGCACAAAGAACCGGUUCGAGCCCAAGCCUGUCGAAGAGACCGUGCGGCCACCCAGCAAAGACACAUCCGAGGAACAGAUGCGAAAGUCAGAGAGAAAGGAUGGAGAGAUGACGCCCACUACAGACGACAUUGCUGCGAAGCAGAAAGCGGAGGAAGGGCCUGAGGAUGACCACACCGUUCCUCCAGCUAAAGGGGAUGCAGAACCAGAUGCUGCCGCUGCUGACACGCUUUCUGCAAAAACCACUGGUGCGACGAAAACGCCACCUGAACCAGUGCCUAAAGAACUGACCGAAGAGGAAAAAAGAGCAAUCAGCCUCUAUGAAGCAGCCAAGGCAUUGCUCAACUCGACAGACUCUGACAGAAAAAAAGCGUACGAGCUCUUGGAGGAAGCAGCCGACCUUGGCCACACGGUCUCCCGGGAAUCCAUCGGCGAGGCGUACCUGUUUGGCGAGGGCGUCCCUCAGAACGUGACCAAGGCACGACUAUACUUCGAGGCCCUGGCGUCAGGGGGCUCGCCGACAGGCCAGAUGUACCUCGGCUUCAUCUACGCCAUUGGCUUGGGAGUCAACUCGAGCCAGGCCAAGGCGCUCGUUUACUACACUUUCGGGGCCCUGGGCGGCAACCCGUUUGCCCAGAUGGCCCUGGGUUACCGGUACUGGUACGGCAACAGCGUGCUCACGAGCUGCGAGGCGGCACUGACCUACUAUCGGAAGGUGGCAAAAGUGGUGGAGCACGAUGUCAACAAGGGCGGCUCGACACUGAUUCAGCGAAUUCGACUGUUAGAUGAAGUUGAAAACCCGGGCUCGUCGUCAGGCCUCAUAGACGACGACUUGAUCCAGUACUACCAAUUCCUUGCCGAUAAAGGAGAUGUGCAAGCUCAGGUGGGCCUGGGCCAGCUCCACUACCAGGGUGGCCGGGGCGUGGAGCAGGACCACUCGCGCGCCCUGGGCUACUUCACCCAGGCGGCCAACACGGGCAACGCCAAUGCCAUGGCCUUCCUGGGCAAGAUGUUCCUCGAGGGGGGCUCGGUGGUGCCCCAGAGCAACGAAACCGCUUUCAAGUACUUCUCCAUGGCUGCCGAAAAGGGUAAUGCUGUGGGGCAAAGUGGCCUUGGACUUAUGUACCUGCAUGGCAAAGGCGUAGAAAAGGACUAUCAGAAAGCGUUCAAGUACUUCACGCUUGCCGCAAACCAAGGAUGGGUCGACGGCCAGCUUCAACUGGGCAACAUGUACUACAAUGGACUGGGUGUGCUGCGAGACUUCAAGAUGGCCAUCAAGUACUACACGCUGGCAUCCCAGUCGGGCCAUGUGCUCGCCUUCUACAACCUGGCGCAGAUGCACGCCACGGGCACAGGCACUAUGCGCUCGUGCAGCACUGCCGCUGAGCUCUUCAAGAACGUGGCAGAGCGCGGCCGGUGGAGCGAGAAGCUGAUGCAGGCGUACUCCGACUACCGGGACGGCCGAGUGGACAUCGCCCUCGUGAAGUAUGCGUUCCUCGCCGAGCUCGGUUACGAGGUGGCCCAGAGCAACUCGGCCUUCAUCCUGGACAGAGGUGAGAGCAAGCACUUCCCAAAGAACGAGACCUUCACCUGGGCCCUGCUGUUCUGGAACCGAGCUGCCACGCAGGGCUACUCGGUGGCGCGGGUGAAGCUGGGCGACUACCACUACUACGGAUACGGCACGAACAUCGACUACGAGACGGCCGCCACCCACUACCGCAUGGCCUCCGAGCAGCAGCACAACGCGCAGGCCAUGUUCAACCUCGGCUACAUGCACGAGCAAGGGCUGGGCCUCAAGAAGGACAUCCACUUGGCAAAGCGCUACUACGACAUGGCCGCCGAGACGAGCGCAGAUGCCCAGCUGCCGGUCGCCCUGGCGCUCGUCAAGCUUGGUCUGCUCUAUGGGUUUGCUUACCUCCAAGAGCAACAGUGGGACAAGCUGCUGCCCAAGUUCAGCCCAAGCGACGCACUCGGUCCCGACUGGGACCUCUACGUCAUGACCGUGAUGGCCAUCCUCCUUGGCGUGCUUGUCUACUUCAGGCGGGCGUGAACGACGUUCGCACGAUCACGAGAUUCCCGGAAGCUUCCGACGGACUCCGUGCGGAUGCGCUCGCACAGCAACCAAAACGUGUGUGCACGUGUCACGUGACUUGCAGUGUUCUCUCUCUUUUUU